UCAGUCGCGUAAGAGAGUAAAGCAGGCCAGUUGUUAUGGUCGCUAAUUCAACGUAGUGACAGUGCAUAUCAGUUGUGCGGUUACGUCGACAACCUUUUACCCGUUAUCGUCGCCGAAUGGCUAAUAAUUACGUUUACGAGCACGUGCUUUUUCCUUUUCGCGUAUUUUAUUGUAUUGUUAUUUACCCUCGUGUAGUUUACUUUGAUGCCCGUAUCGAUGAGUAAUUAAUACAACUAUGUACUUUUGUGCAGAACGACGCGAUCGCGUAGCUCGGAAAUUCUUGUGGAAAUUUAUUUUUGUACUGGUGAUCACGAAUGAUGCGGCUUUGGCUAGCGAAGGAUCCCGUCGAGAAUGCUGCGAACCGAUGUCACCUACUCCUUCGUUCUCGUCGACGGAUAUCGCCUUGGAUUAUUUUACUCCUACGGAAAUGGUGCAGCCAGAUUUCAUCGAAGUUAACGACUCUGGUAUUGUGACGUUAAACUGUAUAAUGGCCAAACAAGUGUGCAUCGAUGAUCCAAUGUGUGGACCAACGCUCGAUAUCGUCGAUCGUUUAUGCGGAUCCGAAGUCGUAUCAUGUUCAACUGUAACGGUAACUAAAUGUCAAGCAGCUCUAAAAACACUCCAGACGUUUCCUUUUUUCAAUCCUACCUGCUUAUGUCGAGAGCCACAAUUAGACCAGAAAUGUAACAGCUUUCGUACUUUUUUAUUUGACCAUCCGUGCCUUUUCGCUCAACGACGAGAAAAAGAUCCAUAUCCGAUCGAUUCAUUGGUUUCAUGCUCGCACGCUCAUUCAAUUUGUAAAACAGAUGCCAAUUGUUCGAAAAUCUACGAUCAUUUUAAACACGUUUGCAGAACCAACGACGAGGACAAAUGCAUACCAGAAUUACAAGAAUCGUGCAAAGAAUCGUGGUCAAAAAUGCGUCUGACUCCGAUGUUCGGUUGUAUUUGUCCACCAAAUUUAUGGCACGGUCAGAAGAAAUGUGACAGGCAUUUUAAUUUCGUGAAUCAUAAUCGCUGUGCUGGUUCGGAUUUACCUAUCGAAACGAACGACGUAUUAAUGAAUUUCCAAAGCACUUGCUUCGAAGCGAUGCAAAUGUGUCAGAGGAAUGCGAAAUGCGCAUCAUCCAUAACUCACGUGAUAACGCAUUGUAAUCCCAAAAGAUGCAGAAGGCAGAAAUGUAUGCAUUCUUUGCAAGCUUUUUAUCGUAAUAAAACGCUGAUAAAGUACGCGGUCGAGGUGGCGUUUUGUCUUUGCAAGAAAACGAACAAUUCGGACGAAGAUGCGUGUAUGAAAGCUCAAGAUACUUUACAUCCCUCCUGUUCUCAAGAAGUCGAUACAAUAACGCCUCCUACUUGUCAUUCGGUCGCAGAAAGCUGUCGAAGUGACCCUAAUUGCGCACCAUUAUUAGAAGAAUUCGAACAGUCGUGCGCUACUGACAACUACACGAAAACAUGCGCCGGAUAUCCAGAACAGUGUCGUAUCGGCAUGCUGGGAAUUUUGGGAACAAAAUUACGAACAAAUUGCAUCUGCAAAGGAACUGAUCGAGCGAAAUUAUACGAAUGUAUCGGAUGGCAGCGUGUGCUGUGGUUUAAUCCUUGCGUUGUGGAAGCUCAACGUGAAUUCCACAUGAACAAAGUCCGAGCACGACUUUCACGAAAGCACAACAUUACCAGCAUCUACGACGACGUUUUAACCACGCUUCCAGACGUGAUCGAAACAAGAACCAUAACCACCGCUUACCAUACGACAUCUUCCACAGCCAUGAUUACCAGUCCAACCACAACCACGACUACCAGAACUCCUCCAACCAUCGCCGCGACCACACCUAGUACCACAACAAUGGCGUCUACGACGACUACAAUGCCUACAACAAUAACUACCCAGACGACCACUACGAAGGCCACUACUACGACAACGACGACUACAACGCCCAGACCUACCGCUGCGGUGGUUAUUCGUAGCACCGAACCAAACACCAAGAUUUUCCGAGCCAGUUAUAACGGCCUUUCGCAUAUUUUUAGUUCGAAUCGUAGCAGGGAGAAGUCCUCUUAUGCUACGACUCAUUCGCCAUCUGUGUUCUUUACUGCUCUUACCAAAGGCAAUCAUAAAAUCAUUUUUGAAGAAGUCACCGAAGGUACGACUACCAAGAAACCGGUGUUUAUUUCGAACGCCAAGUCGAGAUCUCCUAAGCCUACGGUGCCAUUGCCUGGAUGCGUCAUGCAGAAAACGUCGCUUGAUGAUGGGAUUUUCAUCGCUGAAGGCAAAACAAUUCGGCUUUAUCACGACCAAGACGUGGAAUGCUCAGAAUUAUGUUAUUGCGCUGGUGGGAACCUACAUUGUCAGACGGCGUGUAUAGAAGUGAAAACGUGUAAAUCGGAUAUGGCACCUUAUAAUCACAUGUUUCCAGCAUUCGAUGGAUAUAAAGGGAAAUGCGUUUGUUAUUCGGAGACGUUCGUUUGCGCUCGACCUCUCAAGGGAACGUAUACGCUUCCACCUGGAGUAUUUUUAUUCCUUGGGUACAGCGGUAUAGAUGAACAAUACGUCAAAAGGCUGGUGAAUUUCGAAUUUCAAGAAUGCGUUGCUGGACUGCAAGAGAUACUUAAUAAGAAAAUGGCUCCUGAGUUGACUUGCGAAUUGGAGCUAUUUCUCGUCGCUGAGGAGAGUAUAGUUGUUAUGGGUAAAUAUAAAAAUACUAGUACUUCGGAAGUGCGGCCAAACAGCGUUAAUCCUAAUUACGACGAUAUUGCCAAAGAUCAGAGCGCUUGCGAAGCAGUAAUGACCAAUUUAAAGAAAGACGUCGUCGAGCAAAGUUACGAUAUCAAAGCGAACCUAUUCACGUCGAUUUUCAAAGUAGCCGAAAUCCAAACUUUUCUGCCGGAAAGUUCGAAAACGUCCGUCAACAGACAUAUCAUUAGUACUACGUUAUUGGUACCAAUUUUUGUGAUUAUUUUAAACCUGGAAUAACGACCUCGAUACCGCUUCUUAGAGGCUGUAUUUUCAUCAUAUCAUUAUUGUGAUCAAUUUCUUCUUUUAUCCAGUUUGUACAAAUUAUUUCUGCCACUAGAUUUUUAUCGUGUUUUAUUUCUAUAGUUGAUUAUGUUUUUUUUCCCCUUUUAUUACGUAUGUAUUUUGUCGUGUUUUUAAUUGUUGAUGUUUUAAUAUUAAAAAAAAAAGUAUCGUUAGGAAAAAAAAUUGAAAAAAAUUCUUCCUAUGUACAUAGGUGUUUGUAAAUUUUGGAAAAAGUUCAAACAAGCGAGAAAAAUGUAGACAAUAAUGUCAUCGUUGAACUCAAUAGUUUUUGUUGGUUUUUUCCUUUGUUUUUUUUUUCUGUUUAUAUCGAUGAUAGUAAUUAAUAUUAAUUCGUGCGCUGUGUAUCGUGAUGUGUAAGGCAAAAAUUUAUUAUAGAGAUUUUAGAUUUAUAAUGUAAAAAAAAAAAAAAAUGUUAUUAAACGAAGGAUAAGAAAUGGUGUAAAUUUUUGUCGAUAUUUUGUGCACAUUAUAUUAUUACGCAAUUUACCAAAAUGAUAUUCAUAUUAGAUAGCUUACUGUUACCUUUCAAUCAUUACCGUUCUCUUGUUUUGUUUUUGUUUUUAUAUAAACCAUUAUGUAAUUUUUGAAUGUUAUUGUUAAGAUGAUACAUUGAUUUAUGUGAAUUUAGAUUUCGUUAUUUAAUGUGAAUUAUUUUAAUAUACAAUUUUUUUACAAUUCGGUUCAGUUCGUUCGAGAGAAUGAUUUAAUAUCAUAAAAUGGAGGCAUUUGAUAGAUCCGGAUUUUCGAGCGAUUUCAAUUUUAUUUCAGGAAGAGUAUAGUUGUUUUAUGAUUUAAUUUUGUUAUUUUUAAUUUCCUGUCUUUCAUUCUUCUUCUCUUCCUUUAAGAUGAAAUAUUGAAAUAAAAUAAGUGCCAUAGGUAGGGUAAAAAGUCGCCAGUAGUUGACAUGAUCCAAUAGUUGACACCUACGUCACUGUAGUCGGGAUUUCUCCUUAUUUUUCGAUGACUUUUUUGAAUCUUGUAAAUUUUCUUUUUGCAUGAUUUGGUGAUUUUCCUUUAUGAUUUUUAUAGAUUUUCUCCUAUUUUGACGGAUAUUUUUCUUUUGAAUUUUCGUGAGUUGUCUUCUUUUUAGUUUUUCGAUGAUUUUCCCACAAUUUCCAUUUUUUUUCUCUUAAGAUUUUGGCAAAGUUUCUCCAGUUUUGACAGAUUUUCUAACUAUAAAUCACGAUUUUAGUUUUGUUCUAAAUUAUGGUCCUUUUUAGUGUGCGUAGCACACUAUUGGUUUCGCUUUGAGAAAUGAAAUUUUAUUGGAACUGAAUGUUCUCUUAAGCUAUCCAACCGUUUUUUGUACCUAUUGGACACCAUUUGAGAAUCAUUAAGGCGGAGGGAAUAGAUUAAUUUUCAUUCAAUUCGGAUGGGUAAUUGCUGAGUAAUUGCAAUUUUAGUUCAUUAUUUUAAUGCAUUAAAUCCUAAAAAAGGGAAAAGGGGACUUGUAGAACACCUGCCGCUCAUUGUACCCUGCUAUACCCCCAGUCUAUUCCAUCACCAGCUGUGUUUCAUUGUACCCUGUUACACCCCCGGUCUGUUAGCUGUAAAUUCCAAGUGGGAGUGGUUUGGUGGGGCGUUUACCAAACAAAUAUAUUAUUUUAAUGCCGUAACCCUCGUAGCGAAGUGGUGGCUGAGUGGUUAGGGCAUGUAGGUAGGGAUAGGAAAUUUAGGGACCCAGGUUCGAAUCCCCGUGAGGUAAGUAGGUAGGUGACAGAUUUUUCGUAGGAAAAUUGGAUAGGUAAAUGCUUUGGAGUUAACCUAUGUAGUAGGUACAUGAUAAUGGGGUAAAAAUAAUGCUGAAAUUGAGUUAUGAAUUAUAAUAUAUUUGCUAACUAAAAAUUCAUUUCAUUAAUUUUUUGUCUACCUAUAGCCAUAAGUAUAGUAAGAAUUACCUUGACAUGAAUAAUUUU